AUUUUCCCUGCUGUUUUACGAGCACUGAAAUCUAAAAUGGUUCGCUUAGCAUUAACACAUGAACUUGGAGAACAGGUGCGGAACAACCGGGCCAUGCUGGAGCAUCAGCAAUUUGAUCUGGUUGUCCGACUGCUCAACUGUGCCCUGAUGAAUGAUUCCAGUCUUGAUGAGAAUGGAGUUGCUGCAGCAGUGUUGCCAUUGGCCACAGCAUUUUAUAGAAAACUGUGCCAGGGAGUGAUCCAGUUUGCCUACACACUCAUCCAAGAGCACGCCGUGUGGGAGAAUCAGCAGUUUUGGGAGCAGUCAUUUUAUCAAGAUGUCCAGUCACAAAUACAUCAGCUCUACUUGCCAAUGUAUGAGGAACACAUGUUGCUGAUGUCCAAGUCCACGGACAGCACUGAGGACUUCAACGACACUGUGAGCUGUGGCACAUCUUCAUCACUGAGGCCAAAGAAGAAGAUUGGUCCCUUGGAGAUAACAGCAGAACAGUUGAGAGUCUGGGCCUCAUUGUCCCCCGAGGAGCAGCAAGAGAUGAUCAACAACGAGGAGUCCACUGUAUACAGCCAGGCCAUUCAUUAUGCCUACAGGAUGGUUUACCUCAGAGUUCCUUUAGAUGUUUUCAGGUCUUUCAAAAAUAUCAGCAUGGAAGAGAACAGCAGCAUAGUGACACCCAGUGUAGCAGAAAGCGACAGCUUUGAUGCUGAGAGUGGUUUUGAUGAGACUGAGCAUGCAGAUGUUGCUGCCAUAGUCACCAAGUUUGUGUCUCGAUUUGUGGACAAAGUGUGCAGCGAGGCGAGUGUAACCGAGGCCCACUUCAAGUCCCUGCAACAGCUAAUACCUGGUAUUGUGGCUAUGCACAUUGAAACUCUGGAGGGGGUAAACAGAGAAAGCAAACAGCUACCACCAGUGCAGAAGCCCAGGAUUCUGCAGCCCUUGCUACUGCCAGGGGAGGAAAUUGUGAUGGAGGGUCUGAGGGCAUAUCUGUUGCCAGAUGGACGAGAAGAGGGAGCUGGAGGCAACAUUGGAGGCCCUAGCUUGUUGCCGUCAGAGGGUGCAGUCUUUCUAACCACCUACAGAAUUAUAUUCAGAGGCAUACCUUGUGAUCCUUUUGCUUGUGAGAAGACUGUGAUGAGGAGUUUCCCUGUGUCGUCCCUGACCAAGCAGAAGAAGAUCAGCCUACAGCACUACUUGCCGCAAGGCCUCCAGGGUUUCCACGAGGGUUUGCAGCUGCGCUCCUCCGUGUUCCAGUUGAUGAAGAUAGCAUUUGAUGGAGAGGUCAGCGCAGACAACAUUGAGACCUUCUCAAAGCUGGUGAACAGAGUUCGGUACCCUACAACAGUAUUUCAUACCUUUGCUUUCACUGGCCACACAAUCCAACCUUCCACACAAAUGCGGCAAAAAAGUAAAGAUAAUAUAUCUCUGAGAGAGUUUGCCAAACAAAAAUUAAUGAAGACUGCAAGAAAGGCAGGACUAAAGAAACAUUCAAAAACAAAGCUGAGACACAGCGUAGCUGGCCCUUUGUCUCAUCGUGAUGGCGAUCAGUCUCCACAUUCGUCUGACAGUGAAAUAGAAUCUGCGGCUAAUGUACACUACCGUGAUCUUUCAGUGAUAAAUGAAAAUGAUCAGACACCCACAUAUUCCAUCGACCCAAAGAACAUUGAGCGGCUGAUGGAGAGGCAUGCAUAUCAGGACUACCAGAGGCUCGGCUUGGGCAGUGUGGCCACAUCUGGUCAACGGGGAGGCAGUUCAGACCAGUUCAGGGUGUCCACAGUUAAUGCAAACUAUAUGCUGAGCAAGAGUUACCCAGGUCUCCUUGUGGUACCACAGGCUGUCUCUGAUGACAGCAUACGCAAAUUCUGCCGCUGCAACAGGCAUUCCAGGUUUCCGGUGAUUACUUGGAGACACCCAAAAACAAGAGCUUUGUUGCUGAGAGCCAGCAGUUUCCAUGCCAGAAUUUUAGGGACAAUGUUACGACACAACUCAGCUGCAAGUUCCUGCAGCACCGGAGACUCUUCCUCAACACUAGAACUAGGAAAAUACUUAUCACAGUUGAUAGCAGCUACACCCAGUAGUAGUGGCGACCCUCUGUCUUCACUGGAUCUUCUCAUCAAAGCAAGACUAGCUGCAGAAUCUCUUGGUAAUUCUUCACCUGCAGAUUCUAGAAGCACCAUAGCUCAAGGGUAUUCUGUAGACAAGAGAGGGAUCUCAACUAGUCCUCGUAUUACUUCACAAGGGAGGAAUCAAGAGCCAUCCAGGUCUCCGAACAUCAGUCAUAGGCAGCACACAGCACUGGGCUUAGUGUCUGGAGAGUUGAUCAACCACAGAAUGAAGCACAUGGCCCAUGUGGCUCUCUAUGUGUUUGGGGAGAGGUCUCACAUGAAGGGUCUGAAGACAGAAGCCUCUAUGAGAUGUGAUUUCAUCCCAGUUGACUUAUACGAGGUACGUCAGGUGAAAGCCAGCUUCAAGAAGCUGAUGAGGGCUUGUGUACCUAGCAGCCCCCUAGCCAGCACAGAUUGCAGCUUUCACAAAGCAGUGGAAGAUUCUGAAUGGCUGCAACAGCUGACGAACAUCCUCCAGCUCUCAGGAGCUGUGGUAGACUUGAUAGAUGACCAGGGCUCCUCUGUGAUGAUCUGUCUAGAGGAUGGAUGGGAUGUCACAACACAGGUUGUUUCCCUGGCUCAGCUGAUGUUGGACCCCUAUUAUCGCACCAUUGAGGGCUUCAGAACUCUUAUAGAGAAGGAGUGGCUUGGAUUUGGCCAUCGAUUUAGCCACAGAAACAACCAGACUGCAGCAGCUCAAGCCGGCGGCUUUGCUCCAAUUUUCAUGCAGUUUUUAGACGCAGUACAUCAGAUUCACCAUCAGUUCCCUCUGUCUUUUGAGUUCAGUGAGUACUUUCUUCGCUACUUGGCCUACCACUGUGUCAGCAAUAGGUUUAGGACUUUCUUGUUCGACAGCGAGCUGGAUCGUGUAGAGUCAGGCUGGCUCCUGGAAGAGCAAGGCAUCAGUUUCUCAGAUCAUGAGCUGGACCAUCAGCCUCAUGUGUCCAGUUUGUUGGAGCCCAGGCCAUUUGCAAAUAUUUCAAAGCUGAAAAUUUGGAGCUUCUUCACAACGGAAGAUUUGAGACAUGGAGCUCUGUAUGAUCUUGAUUUGAUGGAAGAUGUUUUGGGAGAGGAUCUGGACAGUGGCAGGACCGGGGUUGUCAAGAGACAAACACUGAAUGCCUGUUAUCACACAGUCUCCAUCCAGCAGCCAGAUUUUUUCUGGCAUCAAAUUCAGGAGAUCCAACAGUUGGAAGCUGAACUUGGCAAGAAGUCAUCUCCAUGGAGGACAGUUUUUGACAGACUGGAAUGUCCAGCCAGGGAUCAGUUGAGUCGACGGGUUUGCCAGGAAAAGAAGGCAGUCUGGCUUCACAGUCACACACUACAGAGACGGUCGACUCUGGAAAUUCUGAUGCAAGGGAAAAUGCUGGGAGACAUCGCCCACAUGUUCUCCCAGCCACACAGAUUUGAGCGGCACAUGUACACUUCUUCUACCUACUGUGACCACUGCUCAAAGGUUCUGUGGGGGCUUUCCAAGACAGGUUUCAAGUGUGUGGACUGUGGCUUCAACUGUCAUGAUAGGUGUCAGUCUAGUGUGCCCAAAACUUGUCAGAAGUUGAAGGCUUUUGGAGAUGCUAGCUUGAGUGCUGCCCACCUGCAGGGUGAGGACAGUCCUGACUCUACAGCUGACUACCACACAGGUAAUACAUUAAAGCAGUGUUUUUGUACCUGCCAUUUUAACCAUGUUUCAGCAAAAGUCUCUGAGCACAGAACCUGUAGUGGUUAUCUUUACAAGCAAGGACAGCUCUUUCGGCAGUGGAAACAACGCUGGUUUCUUUUGGAUACCUUGAAGCAUCAGCUGCGCUACUAUGAUACUCAUGAUGACCACAACUGCAAAGGUUUUAUAGACUUGUCUGAGGUGGAGUCAGUCAGUCUUCUCCCAUCCGUCCCAGGAGCUCCCAAGAAGGCCGUAGAUAAUUCAUUUAUUGAGAUCCGUGCUGUUCGAAAAGUUUACAAUUUCAUGGCUGCAGAUUCCAAAUCAGCUGCUGACUGGGUGGACAAGCUGCAAGGAUGCUUACAGAGAGAAUGA